AAGUUAAAUCUUUUCUGCUUACUGAAAGGGAAGAGUCUGAUGAUUAGUUGCCGAUUCUCCUUGUAUUUUUAAAGUUUUGGAGAUACUGAAUCAUGUUCCCAUUUCUGCUUUUUUCCACUCUGUUUUCUUCCAUAUUCACUGAACCUGGGCAGCAACAUUGGAUCUGCAACUCCUCUGAUUCCAGUGUUUGGUAUACCUAUUGUGAUAACAUGAAAGUUCCUAUUUCAAUAGAUGUUAAACCCUGUAUAGCAUUGAAGGGAAGCAGGGGAUAUUUGCAUAUUUACUACAUUCCAAGAAGAGAUAUUAAAAAAUUAUAUUUCAAUCUCUAUAUAUCUUUUCACUCCAUGCAUUUUCCAAUGCGCAAAGAAGUUGUUUGCCGAGGAUCUGAUGAUCUUUAUUCUUUCUGCAGAGCUCUGAAGGGAGAGACUGUGAAUACAACAGUAUCCUUCUCCUUCACGGGAUUACGAUUUUCUAAGGGACAAUACAGAUGUGUUGCAGAAGCCAUCUCUGGAGAUCCUGAAGAAACGCUCUUUUGUUUGAAUUUUACCAUCAUACACCACCCUGAUUUCAAUUAGAAUAAAUAAAGUAUAUUUUUAUUUUUCA